UACCUGCGAAAGAUCACAUGCACGCGUGGAACUCCAAUUAUCAUGGAUGAGCAUGAAAAAUCUUCGCUGCAGAACGUGACUCCUGAAGGACCACCACGACAAAUUUGCAAACACUGUGCCCAAGCCCCUGAUCUGAACCUCGCCCGCCAACAUGAAUUUGUCCGCUUUCUCAACCGGAACCAUAUGGCCGCUAUUCAGAUUUUGGGUCUCAGUUUCCGGCAUUCUACCGUGACCGACACGUAAACGUUUCCGGCUGCAGAAUACAGUCAACAGAGUUGCCACAAAUCUUCCGGACAGGCGUAGCCACGACGGGAAUUACAGAAGCUUGUAUGUGCGGAAAUCGCAAGGAUCCUCUUUCAGAUUUUUGUAAUUUCGAAAGGUGGAUCCAUCGUGCAGUAACCUGUGUUCACGUACAUGCGAAAGAUCCAUGCCACAUGGUUCGGAUUCCUGAAUGCUGAAUCGGAUUUUUCAACUGUAAGCGUCUGCGAGGUAUGCUGAUUUUAUCAACAUGAUGAUUCGCACUGGGAAGCGCUCACACAGAUGACACCCGGAAUUAAUUAAGGGGUUUGGAUAUGAUUUGUGUUUCUUAUGGAGGGAAGGAUCCGUGGAUAGGUGGGGGAGUUUUGAAGCUGAUCGGCAAUUUGGUUAAUUUAGAAUCUGUUUGUCCAUGUGACUGCUGGGAUGCCGGUGUCAGAACGUUGGAGAGGGCAUCCGGCUCAAAUGUUAUCAACUGGUAGGUCGAGAUUAAUUCAGGAGUCGGGCCCUGAAGAAAGUCGGUCAAAGUUCGGAUCUUGAGGGCAUAGACAUUUCAAAGGUUGAUACAAGAAAUGGAGGACGAUGGAGAGAGGACACAAUUGCUCCAGAAGAUUCUGGAUUUACUCUUGGCAGGAGGCUAUUUUCGUGCUCGCAUAUCCGCACUGUCUGUGUUUGACAAGCUUACAGGUGGAUUGGCAUGGUGCAUAACGUUCAGCAAAGUGGACGUGGAUUUUGACAUAUUUUAUGACGAUGAUGCCACACUUUAUUACAAGAUCAAAGUUGGAGAAGCCAUUGAGGAAGCACUUCAAAGAAUGGGCUGUCCCCAUCCCCUUCAAGCACACCAAAUCCAGGGCCUUGAUUAUCAAGCUGUUCUCCCUGUCGUCAAAUGGCUUGUGAAGCGAGUGCUCGCUACACUCGAAGAGUUUGGUGAUCAGGCACGAAGAUACGCACACUUGCGAUACCAGGAAAAUUACAAGCUACCAGAUGAAAGAUCUCUCCAACAAGCUCGUCUGGAGAAGAUCGAAGCUGUUGUACAAGCAUCCAGCCAGCAGUCUGUGCGGCAGCUAUAUCAACUUGCAAGAGUGAAUGCACAAUCUUCCCUUCAGGAUAUACCGACAUCUAAAGCGGAGCUCGAUCAACUAACUUCAUCCCGCAGUGGUGACCAUUUCUCAGCAAUUGCUCGAUCUGACGUCGUCCAAGCCUCAAAAGGAGACAAGAAGACAAACGUCGAUCACACUAUAGAGGUGCUUAACUUGGAGAAAAAAAUUGGAGGUCAAGACAUGCGCAUUAACCAGCUGCAGACGAAAGCUAGUGCUACUUUGCAAUCUCUAAAGGAGAUGGACGAGACCAUCAUCCACCAGAACCAUCGUAUUGCAAGUGCACAAUCAGCUAUACAAGAGUUGCAGUUUGCUGCUGAAGUAGCAGGCGCAGAAUCAGUGGUACAGAAACUUAUGGGACUGUUGGAGCGUUCUCAGAUUCUUGAAAAGAAAGAGUCUGAUUUUCGUUCAGAGUGUCGCCGGAAACGAUCAGAAAUGCAGCUACAUAUCAAGCAACUCCACGACCCGAGUGUGCUUCCUGCCGAAGAUGACGAGCGUGGAGCUGAAAUCAACAAUGCAUACAAUGCUGAUCUUCAAAAGUGGAAACUUUUGCGAAGUGAGCUUUCGAAGAAGAAUCGUGCAAUUACAUUGCUUCAAAGACGGCUCGGGGAAAUACCUUCACAAACUGAACUCAUGCAAUACGAGCGCCGGUUUGUGGAGCUCUACCUGCAUAUCCAGAGAAAACUAAGGGAAACUAGGAAAUAUUUUGCGACGUACAAUGCUCUUGCGGAGGCAAACGAGUUGACUGUCAAGGAGUUAUCACUUCUUAACUCCAUCCAUAGUCAGUUUGAAGUAGCAAUGAUGACUCCUGGUGGGCGGGCUAAAUUCGUGUCAUCAAUGGAAGGCAUUGCUAACGGGGUGCAGCAGAAACUAGACCAAAUAGAGAGACGAUUUGAAUCAGAGCAGAGCACUUUCAAUGCUUUGAAGGAAAAGCACACUGCUGCAGUGACUGCACAAAGACAAUACUACGCCCUGGUCAAACUAUUUCAAGAAGAAUGUGCGCGAAGUGAUAAGUUACAGGCCAAGGUUGAGAAAGCCAGUCACAUCUAAGUCGAUGCUGUCAGGCUUAAGGAACACCUGUUUCAGAAAGCUGUAUGGAAUUAUCCAUUUCCGGUAGUCACAUCUUUCCACCCUCGCUGUUUAGAACAGUUGCUACUUAAGCUUGCUGGCAACUUGCUUCUCAAAUGGCCUAUGUAUUCAGAGGGCGAGCAAUGAUGAGCAAUCUCAAAGUUGAGAUUGCUCUUCAUUCCCAUACUAAUACUUAGAACAACAGGAGAGCCUUACACUCAUGGUCUUGACCAUAUCUUCAAUCUUGACUCCCACUGCUCUUGGAAGACACAUGUUACUUAUUCCAGUUUUUCAUUUAUCAACUCAGUUCCUUGACACGUCCCUCCUUGGUUAUAAUUUAUUUCCAGAUGACCCCAAACUGUAUCUAAAAGGUUUCAUGUACAUUUGCCCACAUUUUAAUAAUUCAAAUCAAGGACCUACUAGGCAGGGUGCCCAUCUUCACGUGCAUGGCUCUACAGGAAAGUCAAAUUUUCUCCAAAUUUCUCAUAUCUAAAUCCGUAAGUGA